AUGCCCUCCGUGCUGGCAAUGCUGGGCCCUCUGGCCGCCCUGCUGCUCACCGUGCUCGCACCGCGGCCAGCGCAGGGAGCCGGGCUGCCGGACACCGUGAUCUGGGCGGUGAACGCCGGCGGAGAGGCCCAUGUGGACAUACACGGUAUCCACUACCGGAAGGACCCGCUGGAGGGCAGAGUGGGCCGGGGUGAGUGAGCGGGCAGGACUCGGGGUGCAGGGCACUGAUAAUGGGGAGAGAGGGGGGGUGCAGGGCACUGAUAAUGGGAGAGAGGGGGGGUGCAGGGCACUGAUAAUGGGGAGAGAGGGGGGUGCAGGGCACUGAUAAUGGGGAGGGAGGAGGGGGCAGGGCACCGAUAAUGGGGAGGAGGAGGGGGUGCAGGGCACUGAUAAUGGGAGGGAGGAGGGGGUGCAGGGCACUGAUAAUGGGAGGAGGAGGGGGGGUGGCACUGAUGUGGGGUGCAGGCACUGACUGGGGAGGGUGGGGGGGUGCAGGGCACUGACAAUGGGAGUGGGGUGCAGGGCACUGACAAUGGGGGAGGGUGGGUGGGGGGGUGCAGGGCACUGACUGGGGGGACGGUGGGGGGGUGCAGGGCACUGACUGGGGGGGAGGCAGAUCUAAAUUGUAGAUCUCACUGACCGGGCUGAUGUUUAUUAAUAUUACAUUGUGGGUGACACCUGGUAUUAAGCAGAGGGGGCAGACUAUAAACCAGCUGUGUCUGCACCGAAAAAAAGACCAGUUUUGUGUUUUAAAUCUGAUGAUCUGCAAAAAUAUAUUUUUAUCUUUUUGUGAAAAAAAAUACAAACAUAUAUACUGUGUAUAUAUAUAUAUAUAUAUAUAUAAUAUUGUCUUCCUGUAUUCACAGCUUCAGACUACGGAUUGAAACUGCCUAUUUUGAGAUCUAACCCAGAAGAUCAGAUUCUAUACCAGACAGAGCGCUAUAACGAAGACAAUUUUGGAUAUGAGAUUCCCAUCAAAGAAGAGGGAGAGUAUGUCCUGGUGUUGAAGUUUGCAGAGGUGUACUUUGCACAAUCCCAACAGAAGGUAAGUAUGUACCUUGUGUGUUAACACCAUGUUGAUGCUGGCAAUGACCACUCCUGUCUCAUGAGAGUGCAACAGAUGGCAGAUUGCCAUUGCAGGUAAUUGACAAGUAUAUGACCUCUAUCAUCCACAGGUGUUUGAUGUGCGUGUGAACGGCCACACUGUUGUGAAGGACUUGGAUAUAUUUGAACGUGUGGGACAUAGCACAGCCCAUGAUGAAAUUAUCCCCAUAAGCAUCAGGAAAGGGAAACUAAGUGUACAAGGAGAAGUUUCCACCUUUACAGGGAAGCUCCAUGUUGAAUUUGUAAAGGUAAAUUAAGGAGAUGUGAAUAAUUGUUGCUUAAGACAGACUUUCCAAUAUUCUUCUCAGAAGCUACUCUGUGCAUGUUACAUACAAAUAAACAUAUAGAUGCAAUAAACAUGGCUCCCAUGUAGCUGCUGUCUGGUCUGUAUAAAUAUCCCACUUCAUGAGCAACAAGAAGAAAAACUAUUUUACUGUUUGCAAACGUUAAUGCCUACUUAAGCAGUUGAUAAUUAGUUGAUUAAUGGUUUUGAAGGCAGUUACUGACAACCGUUCUGGCCCAUGAUUUACUGCUUUCACUUGAAAGCUGACAACUUCAAUAUAUACUCCAUCCAAAUUGCACAGUGCUACCAUUUGAAAAUAAUGGGAGAGCCAGGCUAGCUGUUCACAACAGAAAAGGCAAGGCUUGUGAAUUUGCAGUAAAGAUAAGUUUUAUGCUUGCUUUUUUUUUUUUUUUUAUGUAUAAUUAUUUCUGCAUUGCUCAACGUAUUUUUAGAUUCGUGUUUAAGUAACACUUACUUUUUGCUACCUGCCAGCUCUAAAUGUGUGGUGCUAUCUUUGUGUAUGUCUUUUACAGUUAAAUGAUUGUUGCUCUUGUACACUUGACUCUGUGCUGUGACAAGAAGAUAAUGACUAUAAAUACGGUUGUCACUGGUGAUUUCACGAGCGCUGUGUGUGUGUAUGUGUGUGUGUGUGUAUAUGUAUAUAUAUAUAUAUGUGUGUAUGUAUAGAUAUAUAUUUUUUUUUUCAAAUAUACGUAAUCUAUAAAAAAAAAAAAAAACAGAACUUGUCAUCUGCACCUUAUGGGCCCUUAUUAACCAAAGUUCAGUUCAUAUUUUGAGAAAAAUACAUUUGAGUGCACACACAACUAGUUUAUGCAACUUUUAAUUUUGUAUUUUUUUUUAUUCUCCUAGGGGUAUUAUGAUAAUCCCAAAGUUUGUGCUUUAUUCCUAAUGAAAGGAACAUUAGACGGUGAGUCUAUAUUUUUAUUCAUUCCUUGACUUAUUUUUGCUUCAGUUCACGUUAAACUGUCACAGGUUUACAACUUCUUUUGUAAAGUUUAGCCAAGUAUCUGUUGCCUUCUGUAAGUUUUAUAUACCACACAAUAGAAUUACACUCUGCUACAUUAGUUGCUGUUUCUUUUAUUCUCUUCGUAUUUAUAAAAAUAAAAAAACUACACCAAUGAUAUUCAUUAAAGUGAACGCAUUGCCAUGUGUGCUCUCUCAUUAUAUCAGAAGUUCCAAAGCUACAGCCUCACCCUGGCUUAGAGAAGAAGGAGGAGGAAGAAGAGGAGGAAGAGGAUGAUGGAUCCAUCAGCAAGAAGCAGAAUAACAAGAACCGCGUGCAGUCUGGCCCACGCACCCCAAACCCAUAUGCCUCUGACAACAGCAGCCUCAUGUUCCCCAUCUUGGUGGCCUUUGGCGUGUUUAUCCCCACACUAUUUUGUCUGUGCCGGCUAUGAGGUGCCAGAUGUAAUUUGUUAGUUGGGUUUUGUUUUUUAAUUUUUGCAUAGGUUUUUUUUUUUUUUUUUUUUGGUAACCAUGAAAUCCCCACUGAGGCUAGCAGUUCAUUGGUUCUGAAGUAGGAGAACUGGACCUUUUGCAGACAUCAUAGGGGUAAUUGUAUAAUAGAUACAUAGCUGAGAGCGAGAUCCCUCCCUCCUGCAGAUCGAAUCUGGGUUUGGUUCUGAAAAAAGGGCAAGCACUUUUUAUGUUUUAACAACUGAACUGGAAAAGGAAGUGGUGCUGGUACGAAUAUAACUCUUUGUGCCGGAGUUGCUGCAACCUCUGCACACGCUACAGUGCCUGGUUUCUUCUGUUUUUGUUCUACCUUGUUAAAUUCCUUGGAGUAGACAUUUUAAAUGGCCCAGAAACUACAGUGUGGAGUUCUAGGCGGACAAUACAUGAUUUAUUCAUCAAUGCAGUCAUCAGUGAGAGGGGGCAGUAGCCAGGAUGGUGACAGUGCAAUGUCUUCCUGCCGUACACACAGUGGGGUAGCAGCUGAGCCAAUGAAAAGACCCAGUUUUCAUGACUGUAUAUUUUCAGAUGUUCUUGUAACGACCACAGUGAUCUGAUUUGUUUCUGCACCAUAGCUCCUGUUAAAGGAUGCAGGGUUGUGUACUUCAUGCUCAGUCUUUGCAAACAUUUUUAAAUGACUACACUCCUUUGUCUUUUCAUAUGCAUGUAUGCUACAAGCCGUCUGUGAGGUCUGUUUAAAUGCUACGAGGUACUAUGUUUUCCCCCAAGCAUAUGUUUCUGCAGUAUAUAGCUGCUACAUUCAAGGAUUCUGAAUUAUUUUAUUUUAUUUUUUUCUAAACGGUCACCCCAACCAUUUGCUUUCCUUAACUUUAAUGUGGGCAAGGAUGUAGGUUACAGUCCCCCCAAACAUCUAACAAUUGAGCUUCUGCAUCCUAGUAUGCAAUACUGUGUCCAUGUGCGCUCAGUUUUGGUAAUAAUGGUUAUCAAAAAAGUGCAGUUUUUUGGUGGGGGUAACAUUGGUAAUCCCAAGCUUUACACGUGCCAUGAUUGGCAUGAAUUGUCACGGCUAUGGUAAUGGUUUGAAGAGUGCACUAAUCUGUGCUGCUGCUUUUGACUUUUUUUUAUUUAUUUUUUUGUGCCUUUUCGUUUUGCCUUGAAGCAUGUGGAUAAUCUGCACCAUUAUUCUCCCAUUGUUGCCUCAAAUAUAUGUUCACUGACAACCAUUAGUCUGAUGUACAUUAUUUGACACGCCUUUUAUGUAACUGGAUUUGUGGUGUGAAAAUACAGAAAAUUAAGACCUAUCAAGCAAUGUUAGCUAAGAAAUAGUAAUAUAAAAACUGUUAUGAUAAAAUGCUCAACAAAUCUGUUUUCAAAUGCUGAUUUGAAAUAGACCUAAUGGGUCAACCCCUUGAUUUCACUGCUGGUGUAUACAGCACAAGCUCAGCUUUUUAUACCAUGUGGUUCUUAACCUCAAUUCAUAGGUACCCAGGUGCGUGUGUGUGUGUAAAAAUAUAUAUAUAUUCCUUCAAGUCCUAUAAUACUAGUUAGCCUGCAGGGCCGAACAUUUUGCCCCUUCAGGCUAACUAGUAUUCUAGGACUUGAGCUAUAUAUUUACAUUACUGUUCCAAACCAGGGCUCUAUUCUCUGCCUCCACCCAGGGGUUAACCCAUCUGGUUUUGAUUGUCAAUGAACUACCUGUGUUCAAGCAGGUGUAUUCGUAAGUGUAGAAUAUAUUUCGGUUUAUUGGGCUGGCUUGAAAACCACUCCCUUUGGUUAUUACACACGCACAGCUGCCUACUUUCCUCUGAUAUCAUCCCCUCCAUGCACAGUUCUAAGGGGGAAGAAUGCGAUUUGCUGUACAAUGAAUAGAACACAGCACAAUUAUGUUUCCUAAGGAAGUAAAUAGGUACUGCUUCCUAUCACUAAAUACAGGUUGCUCAAAGUUAUUAAUUCAACCCUCCACCCCAAUUGUUUGAAACCCAUGCUUGUUGGUUAGGUGCUAAUAUGACUAAAAAGGUACCUUAGAUGUCUAGUGUAGCUAGUGGUCUUAUCUUUAUACAUUCAUAUGGUUUAACUAGUGUAGAGUUCUAGUUCUUGGGCAGUGGGUUUAAACCUCAUGUCUCCUGUAUUUUCUGAUGACUUGAAUUUUAUUAUGGUACUCUUUGGGUGUGAGGUCUGAAGCAGAAUAUCAGUGGUCUACUCCGACCUAUUGAAUUUUGUAGCUUUCAUCAAUCUACAUUUAUUUGUGCCCAGCAAAUGAAUGCUGUCUCUGGUGUACCAUGUACCAUAUGUGGUACUAUGUAUCCGAGCUCUCUACUUGCCCUAUAAUGGAUUUUUUUUUUUUUUUAAGCCCCCAUCCUUGCCCCCAAAAAUGAGUGACUCUCAUCCUCCAUCAUUCAGGUUUUUUUUUUUUUUUUGUUCAAGUUGCUUUUCUUAUGUGUUUGACAAGAGUGCAAUUUCAGCAGAGCAGUUUACAUUUGGUUUUAUGUGUAAGUGUGCAAAUUUGAAAGAUGCAUGCAGAUAAACAUAGGAACUAGCACGGGGAGGGGGAUACACCCCAACUGUCCAAGACCAGGCAAAGAACCAUGGUAGUUGCAGUUAUAAUACAUUUUGGCCAACUCUAAAUUGCUGCAUUUUGGCCACCUCUUAAGUAUCCCAUCAAUUUAUUCACCGAUCUGUAGCUAUAUAGGUUUUCUUAUGCUUCAGGAAGAGAUUGCACUCACUGCCUUGCUCUCUUAUUCACUUGAUUUUUGCCCUGUUUGUAGUUUACUGCUCUGUAUACAAUUUUUAUUUUUUUUUUUUCUAGAUUUUUAUACUGUAUACGGUUAAUCAGACUAUUUCUUUAAUCUUUAUCUCUGCUUUUGUUUUGUAAGCUGUACAUGUUAUGUUUUUUUGUUCUGAUUGCAUUGUGUGCUGCUGUAUAAAGGGGAGAUGGUGCACAGACUGAGCUUUUUUAAUUUUUUUUUUCUUCUUGUGUCCAAAAUAUUAUUUUUUUCCCAUGUUUUAAUUUUUAAAUUUUUGCUUAAUUCUGUAAAGAUCUGGAAAUCUGCAGUUUCUGCCAAUUUAUAAAAUAAAAAUAAAGAGUUUAUAUUAUAAA